AUGUCUGGAGCCGAUACCAAUCAACCCUCAACUGUCAAGUCCUACAUCGACAGCGGUGUUGCUGCUGUCCAGAGCGCAGUUGGUAGUCUUACUGGAAACCCCGCCGACAAACAAGCUGCCGAUAACAGGAAGGCCCAUGCCGACCUUGAGCACGACGCCUCCCACGUUAGUGCCAAGGCUGGUCCCUUCAACCUCUCAUCCUCCGGUGCUGCCACUAUCGACAACAAAAACCGCCGCGAUGGGAAGGCUGAUCAGUUGAUCGGCAGCGGAAAGGAGUUUGUCGGAAACGCUGUUGGGUCGGAUAACCUGAGACGUGAAGGCCAACAGCAGAACUCUGAGGGGCAAGGAAAGGAAGCUGCUGGUCAGGUUGCAGACUUUGCUUCUGGUGUUGCGAACCGUGUUACUGGAGCUAUUGGAAGCGUUGCUUCUGGUAUCGUUGGAAACAAGGAAGCCCAAACCGACUUUAACACCCAGCACGACAAGGGAAAGACUUCACAGCGUGGAGUCGAGGCUGAUCUCCAGAAGUAA